UCGAGCCUUUUUCAUCAAUAAUAUUAUUAAAGAUACUAAAAAAGGAAAAAAAAGUAAAGGGAGGGAAAAAUCGCGGGGGCGUCCAAAGUAGCUUCUCGACGUCUCGCGUACACCAUAAACUUAUUGGAACACAUAAGUUGUUUUUUGCGUGAAUCGAACGUCGUGUGUAUGCGUGAGUGUGUGUGACAGUGGUUUGAGCUACUACGCUACGUUUCAGCUACUGCCUGCUGCUACUGGCCUACAUAUUUUUUAAUCGAAAAGAAAGAAAAUAUAGAUUAUAUUAUUAUCGCCCAGACCUUCGCUGACCGAGGGUUUUUUUUUUGUCUCGAGAAGCCGAUUUAUAAUUCUCCGAGUCUUUAGCUCGUGAAACUACAAGUGGAGUUAUAAUCCCGUUUUGCGAAUCAGCUUCUCGUCGUCAUGUCUUCGAUCCAGAAACUGCAGACCCUGUCGAGGGCCCUGAGCGCCCUCAAGCCCUACCGGGCCGCGGCGGCCGGCAGCAAAUCCUACUACACGUACGUGAACGAGCCCGCCAUGCCGAUCCCGAACAAGGAGCCGACCUACGUCAAGUCGGCCGAGGAGGCGAUCGAGAAAGCCGGUCUAGCUUCCAAUCAACUGGUGUUCGCUCAGGGCGCCGCAGCCACUCCCGUCGAGCUUCUGCGCGGCAUGACCGAGCUCGGCCAGCAGAAGCACGUCUCCAACGUCCGGCUGUUUCACAUGCAUCUCGAGGGCCAGGCACCGUUCGCCGACAAGAGCGUCGAGAAGAACUUCAGAUCGAUCAGUCUGUUCAUCGGCGGCAACGUGCGCAAGGCCGUGAACGAGGGUAGGGCCGACGCCAUCCCCAUCUUCCUGCACGAGAUCCCCAAGCUGUUCAACGAGGGCCACAUCAAGCCCGACAUCGCCCUGAUCCACGUGACGCCACCGGACUCCAAGGGCUACUGCUCGCUCGGCACCUCGGUCGACUCGGUGCGCUCCGCGAUCCAACACUCCAAGGUCAUCGUGGCCCAGGUCAACAAGCACAUGCCGCGCACCUUCGGCGACGCUCUCGUGCACAAGAGCCACAUCGAUUUCGCCGUGAAUCACGACGGCCCCCUGCCCGCCCACGGCGGCAACGAGCCCAGCAAGGAGGAGAAACUCAUCGGCAAGUACAUCGCCGAGAAUCUGGUGGAGAACGGCGCGACUCUGCAGCUCGGCAUCGGUAGCAUACCCGACGCCGUCUUAGCUCUGCUGAAGCAGCACAAAGAUCUGGGGGUGCACAGCGAGAUGUUCAGCGACGGCGUGGUGGAUCUCGUGAAUCUCGGCUGCGUCACCAACAGCCAGAAGAAGAUGCACACGGGUAGAAUAGUCGGCUCGUUCUGCGUCGGCACCAACAAACUCUACGACUUCAUGGACAACAAUCCGUUCAUCGAGAUGCUGCGAGUGGACUACGUGAACGAUCCGAGGGUCGCUGCUAAGCAGCCCAAGAUGACGGCCAUUAAUUCCUGUAUCGAGGUCGAUCUUACCGGCCAGGUGUGCUCCGACAGCAUCGGCACGAGGAUGUUCUCCGGCUUUGGCGGACAGGUCGACUUCAUCUCGGGUGCGGCCAUGAGCGAGGACGGCCGAGGCAAGCCCAUCAUCGCCCUCAGAUCGACGACCAACAAGGGCGCCAGCAAAAUCGUGCCCACGCUAAACCUAGGUGCCGGUGUGGUGACGUCAAGAGCUCUGGUGCGCUACGUCGUCACGGAGUGGGGCAUCGCCAGCCUCUUCGGCAAGAAUCUGCAACAGCGAGCCUACGAGCUCAUCCAGGUGGCUCAUCCCGAUCACAGAGAGACCCUCGAGAAGGCGGCCUUCGAGCGCUUGAAAGUCAUGCCCGAGAAGAAGAACUAUUAAAUUCUUUUUUUUUUUUUUAGUGAAAACGAUAGAGAAAAUACAAAACGCAAAAAAAAACUUUCGAGGGGGGUUUAGCGAAAGACACCGUUGUUCGAGUUUAAAAAGAAAAAGCAUAGCAUUUCUGUCGCGUUUGCCAUAAAACAAAAAAACAAACAAACACACACUCAUAUCGAGGGGUGGGAAAGCGUGAGUUUUUUGCCUCUCUGUUUUAAAGAUAGUUUAAAAGACUCUCGUCGUAAAGUAAUUUAUAUAUAAAGGAAAAAAAAAACGAGCGGUAACAUUGACAGAUAUAUACUAUAAUAUUUAUUCAGAAAAGUUUUAUCGUCUAUCGCCUCGAUAAUAAUGAUACAAUUCAACAAACUCGUGCAGAAGUCGAGCACGAAUAGAUUAAACGUAUAGAAAUAUGGGUAUUUUGACGAGUUGAAUUCGCGCGUCGCCGACUACGACGACGAUGACGAUCGCAAUUACCAUUGCAUUAAUCGAAUAAUAAAAGAAUUUUAGAAGAAAAAAAAAUAAAUGAACAAAUACGAGUACGAAGCACCCCGAGACAUAAAUCGCACUAAUUACUGGAGAUACGACUUCGUGUACCUUAUAAAAAAAAAUUGCGAAAGCAGUAACAAGAGUACCUAAAUGCCAGAGUAUAAUUUUGUAAAAAAAAAAAACAAGAAAAAAAUAAUUAAA